GGAGGUGAAGGCGGAGGGAGGGCGACGUCGGGGCUUCAGCGGGAUGUGGUCCGGGGCGUGCUGUGGCGUGCUGGGGCGUGGUGGGGCGGGGCAUGUGGUUCCCUUGCCAAGAUUCACCUGGGCCUAGCGGAGGGAAGGAAGGGGAGGGCAACACCUGGCAGAUAACGUCACAGCGGAAAAUCCCCUCAGUUUCCUUUCCCCCUGCCGCUCCUUCUUCCCUGUCAGUGCAAGGGGGAGUUAGUCGAGUGCUUCUUCUUCUUCUUCCCCUCAUCCUUCUCUUCAUCCUCCUCCUCUUCUUUCGUGCAAGACCUUAAGAUCUCGCCUCCCCUCACACGCAGUGCCCCUCGACCAUACCUCAACGUAUGUACCCAACAGCAAGUCUUUCAGAUGAGCCAAGACGCUGAGACACCGGCAUUCCACUCACGCCAGACGGGUGGAGAAUAAAAUCCUCAACAGCCCCCAUGCAAAGUGGAUGACUCAGCCAUCCGGAUGAUCGACAAAGACUGAGUGACCCUGAAUCUGGGAGGAAAUGGCUCUGGCGGAACUGGGAAAGACUGCCGGGUCACAGUCGCUGGUGGGCGUGUGCGGAGGUGGGCUCACUAUUAACAGUAUUUCCACAUCACCACUGCAUCGUUUUCCUGUGGUCUUGCAUGGCGCCGAGCUGGAGUGACGCUGAGCUUUACGAGUGGUGCGAGAAGGACAGUGACUUAGAUGUGCGAAUGGCAGGGCAGUGACUUGAGCCUUUAAGUCAUGAGUCCUUAUCUGCAUGAGAGAAUUAAGUGAGGAGGAAGGACAGGAGCGAUGAUAUACUGGUCGAGGGAAGGCGGCGGAAUGUGGACUCGUACAUCUCAUCGAAAUGAUAAAGGUGAUGAUGGUGAUGAAGGUGAUGGUGCGAUAUAAGUAAAGAGCAAGAUUCUGUCACUUGAGGAUGUUGCAAGUGUGAAGCCUAAGAAGGAUACGGAGCGGCACAAAAAGAGGAGAGGCAGACGGGAGCUUGCCUCAACCCAACAUUCUCAAGAAGUUUGUGUUAAGGUGAGUGUGGGUGCAGCAACUGGGGCUGAGGGGAGGGAGCGGAGGAGCAGAGGGGGCCCAGAAGCUCAAAAUAGGUGUGGGUGAGGCAGCACGUGGCACGGGGCACCCGUGCCAACCACCGGCCGCCGCUACCUCCAGUGCCGCCACCACCGCGCGAGGAACAAGUGGCUCCUACUCGCACGUGAGGCACUUUGGGUGUAGUGCAUCGGUGUGCUGUGCUAUAUGUGCCAAGACGCUGAAGAACACCCCUUCACCAUCUCGUGUCCGCGGCAGGCAUGGGCGAGGCCGGCGUAGUGUACACCAGCGUGGAGGGUCCUGCGGCACCUUCGUCUCCGCCCCGUGGCGAGACGCCCUGGCCUCCCUCCCCUGCGGGCCCCCACGACUCCCUCACACUCCUCGCCGACAUCGCUCUUGUGUGUGCGGACAAGCCAUGGCUCGCCGCCCUGCGCCCGGAGGACCUCCCCAACCACUACACCACGCCACCACCGCCGCCGCAUCUGCCGCCUCCCGCCACGCCGCUCCCGCCGAGUAGGGAGAGCCCCACGCCGGUGCUGGAGCUUGACGCCAACACCACCAUCAUCACCGCUGCGCACGACCACGACCUGCCCCUCAACUUGAGCACCACCCCGCCCCGCACCCCGGAGAACUCCCCUGCUGCCCCCACGCCGCCCGCCACGCCCUCGCCUCCUUCGGUGCGGGAUGCCCACGUCUGCCCAGAGUGCGGCAGAACGUACUCCACCUCAUCUAAUCUCGCCAGACACAGGCAGACGCAUCGCUCCCCGGACGAUAAGAGGGCGGCGCGAAAGUGUCCUUACUGCGACAAGGUGUACGUGAGCACGCCCGCCUUCAGCCAGCACAUGCGGACCCACAACCAAGGCUGCAAGUGUCCGACGUGUGGCAAAUGCUUCUCGCGCCCUUGGCUGUUACAGGGGCACAUCAGGACUCAUACAGGAGAGAAGCCGUUCCGGUGCAGCAUGUGUGGCAAGGCUUUCGCUGACAAGUCAAACCUUCGGGCACACGUGCAGACACACUCCAGCUUCAAGCCUUACGCGUGCACCCGCUGCGGCAAGUCCUUCGCCUUGAAGUCGUACUUAUACAAACACGAAGAGUCGUCGUCUUGCAUGAAGCUGCACCGCGCCCUGAGCCGCGGGAGCACGACGCGAUCCGCGCCACCUGAUGAGGAGGCCGUGGGGCACCAGCAAGCGUCCUCACCGAAGACACACGGAGACCUGGGUGGUAGGACUUCUCGGUCACUGCACACCGUCACCAUCCUGCGUUCCACGCCGCACACCUCGUCCUUGCGUCCCCACUGAGGCUGCCACCAGCAUUUGCUUCACUCAUGAAAGCGCGCUUUUGACUCCUCAUUGGCACGAGGGUGUCCCAGCAGUCAGCUGCCUUGCGAGGGGGAGAUAUUUCAAUAUUUUCUUGAGUACUUUGGGAAGGCUCCCUCCCGCCGGCUGCCAGACGGAACCCCUCAAGCAGGUGUAGUAGUAAUGGUCCUUGUGGGGUCUGCCGCAUCAACCAAUUUGUAUAAACAUAACCCGUAGCAGCUGCUUUUAAACUGACUGAGCUGUAGAGGACGACUGUCACAACAGUCUUGUAGAUAGUGUACGUAGUAGUCAGAAUGGGUCCAGUAGAGGUAAGGGGUGUGGGUAGGGAGGGGGGUGGGCGUGGGCCGGGAUGUGCAUUACCAGUGUAAACAAAGUUGGAUGGGAUAUCUAGUCAUUAGUGUGCUAAGGGCUCCUCCCUCGAGCUGUAGCCUCUGGUCCUGUCAGGGUCGUGACCUGCUUCUCGAUCAAAACAAUUCCGUCUCACUAAACCUGUCACUUUUGGCUCAGGUCUCUUGAAUCAGGUCACAAUUCCCUCGCAGUUUCGGCCACUAACUAUGUACAUAACAAGUGCCGCCAGACUGCUCGCUGCAGCAGGUCACGGGCGGGCCAGACCAGGUCAUGGCACACCUCAGGUCAGGACGUGGUCUGCUUGCAUAUCAGGUAUAGUUGCCAAUAUUCCUAAUCUGUAUAGCAGUAACCUGUGGGACCACGGAUUUUAUGGCUUUUCUACCCUUUAUACUACUUUUUAUAUCAUAUAUAUAUUAGCAUUACGUGAUAACUAUAUUGUAUUAUAAUGCGUGAGUGUGUCUGGCGCUGCGCCUCAUGCCACUCUGCCGCGCCCCGCCCUGCGCCUAGGAGCCGGCACUGGGCACGGGUGGCAUGGCGACAGCGAUGGGACGGCAUCACCAGUAGUAGUCCGGCAGAAGCAACGGGACUGACUGAUGUGACGAUCUGGUGCUCGUAAUGUUAACAAAGCGUUACCAUUACUGUAGUCUUGCUUGUUCCACGAUGCUCUAUUAGCGUUGAAUUAUCCAAUGGUCGUUAGUCAGCUGAGGGUAGUUGUGACUCAAAGCUUCACACAUUCUCUAAAACUCUUCGGUGGACCACAGAGGAGACUGAGACUUUUGGUCCGUGAUGUUGAAUAUGUAUCGUUCUCAGUUUCUGAAGCACCUCGCAAGCAUCUCUCUCUCUCUCUCUCUUUCUCUCUUUCUGUAGAUAAUAAGGAUGUGGUCUAUCAUAUCAAUUUACUCCACUAUAUUCGCUGUGUUUUCUAGAGAAAAUAUUUACAAAUCUAUUAGUUCUCUUUGCUAAUGCCAUUCGCUUCAUUACUGCCGCGUCACUUCACGAGCAGUCCCCCCCACCAGCAUCACUACUUUCCCACAGCGCCGCGCCCUGCACACUCACACACAGUAGGUAGUCUUUGAGAUGGGACUCAAUCUAAGUUCCUCUCCCCUUUGGUAAGAAGCUUUAAAUAUCUAUUAUAUCAUAUGGUUUUCUAACUCCUAAGGUAUUUUAUAUUUAUGUGUGAGUGUGAGUGAACAACAUUUACAAUAAUAAAUACAGACC